GAAGGACAUUCAAAGGCUGGUUUCCCCCAGCCUGCACAAUCAUGCUUCGUCUAGGCAUUUUUUUAUUUCUGGCGCUUUACGGAAGAGUUUUGGCUCAAGACCAAACAUACAUCAUUUCAGCCCCCAAAUUUAUCCGUGCUGGAGCCUCUGAGCAAGUGGUAAUUCAAGCCUAUGGAUAUACCGAAGAAUUCUCUGUCACAAUCUCUAUUAAAAGCUAUCCAGAUAAAAAAAUCACGUAUGCCUUUGGCACGACACAGCUGACCCCAGCCAACAAGUUCCAAGGGUCUGUAACUUUAACGGUUCAGCCAAAGGAUUUAAGAACCGAAGACCCACAGAAGCCAGUAGAAUCUGUAUAUCUGGAAGGGUCUUCAGCCCACUUUACAAGACAGAAGAAAAUGCUCCUUACUUAUGAUAACGGAUUUUUAUUCAUUCAGACUGACAAACCUAUUUACACUCCUGAUCAAUCAGUGAAAGUUCGUGUCUACUCCUUGAACGAAGAACUGAGGCCAGCACGGCGUUCAAUUGUCUUAACCUUUGUGGAUCCAGAUGGAGUAGAAGUGGAUAUUAUACGUGAAGAUGAUGCCACGGGAAUUGUCUCAUUUCCUGAAUUCAAAAUCCCUCCGUACCCUAAGUAUGGCAUUUGGACGAUUAAAGCCAAGUAUGAGAAAGAAUUCACAACUUCUGGGGUAGCAAAAUUUCAAAUUAAAGAAUAUGCAAUGCCAAGGUUUUCUGUCAACAUUAUUCCAGAAAACAGCUUUAUUACCUCCAAGCAUUUUGAACAUUUCCAGAUUGCUGUCCAUGCUUGUUAUUUUUACAAGAAGAAAUUGAGUGAAGCAGAAGUUUAUGUCCGUUUUGGAAUCAUUCAAGGAACUACAAAAACAAUGUUACCCAAAUCAUUGCGUCUCGUUCAGAUGGAGGAUGGAGUCGCAGAGCUGUAUUUUAAUAGCAAAGCAGCUAUCCGUGAAAUGGGAUACAGCCACCUCACCGAUGUUGAUGGUGCCAUACUUUACAUUGCAGCUUCAGUACUGGAAACAAGAGGUGGCCACAGUGAGGACAGUGAAUUAACAACGGUUAAAUAUUCCUUGUCUCCUUACAAGUUGGAUUUGAUCGCCACUCCUCUUUUUGUGAAGCCAGGGCUUCCUUAUUUCAUUAAGGUGCGGGUGAAGGAUACAUCAGGUGAAUUGAUUGGAAACGUUCCAGUUGUUCUUACUGCUACUGCCUUGAAUGACCAAAUGAAAGAGACCAAAUUAAUUCAAGAAGGCUCAGAGUUCGGGCAAAGCGUAACAAGUCCGAAUGAUGGAACAACUAUAUUUCCACUUAAUAUUCCUUCUGACAGCAAAUUAUUGGACUUCAAAAUAACAACUGCAGAUACUUCUUUACCAGAAGAGAGCCAGGCCAGCGAAUCCUAUGAGGCAAAAUCAUAUUUUUCUCUCAGUGGAAGCUAUCUAUUUAUUAACUGGGCAUCAGAUCACAGAGUUUUACAGGUCGGAGAGACAGUGCAGAUCAAAGUACAUCCAGCAAGCCAUUACGCUGAUAAAAUACUUCACUACAGCUAUCUGAUCUUAUCCAAAGGGAAAAUAAUAAGAUAUGGGACUGAUGAGAAGAUCAAAGGCUUAUCUUAUCAAGCUCUGACAUUUCAUAUAACUAAAGAAAUGGUUCCUUCAGCCCGUCUUCUUGUCUAUUACAUAGUUACAGGAGAGGGAACUGCAGAAUUGGUAGCUGAUUCAGUCUGGUUAAAUAUACAACAAAGAUGUGGGAACAACCUUGAGGUCCACAUCCUGAAAAAUGGAAGAUCUUAUCGACCUGGAGAAGCUGUGUCACUUUCCAUGACAUCUGAGUUUCAGUCUCUCGUUGCUCUAUCAGCCAUGGACAAAGCAAUUUAUGGAGUUACAGGAACAAAACAGAAACCUAUGGAAAAAGCUCUUCUUAAACUGGAAAAAAGUGACCUUGGCUGCGGGGCUGGGGGAGGACAGAACAACGUGGAUGUGUUCCGGAUGGCCGGACUCACCUUCCUCACCAACGCCAAUGCUGAUGACCCCAAAGAAGAGGAUGAAACUUGCACAGCGAUCGUCAGAGCAGCCCGCUCCAUCAGCCAGGAAAUUGAAAAAAAAGUUGCCCAGUUUCGACGGCCGGAAUUGCAGAAGUGCUGUCGGAUCGGAGCAGAACCUUACCCCUUCCCGCAGACGUGCCAGCAGAGAAUGAGGCGUAUUAAGGGUGGACCCGGAUGCAUUUAUGCCUUUCGGAUUUGCUGUGAAUUUGCAUUUAAGAUGCGCCUUAAUGAGACCCACAAACUUUUAAUGCUGGCAAGAAAUGCCUUUAAUGCUCUCUUAGAUGUGGCUCCAGAAAUCCGAAGUUUUUUCCCAGAAAGCUGGCUUUGGGAAGUCCACCCAGUUCAAAGGUCCAAGACUCUGCCUGUCACCCUGCCUGAUUCUCUUACUACCUGGGAAAUACAAGGUGUUAGCAUUUCUGAUAAAGGUAUCUGUGUCACUGAUACCCUAGACGUGGAAGUCAUAAAAGACGUCUUCCUAAAUGUCCAUAUUCCUUAUUCCAUUGUCCGGGGAGAGCAAAUAGAAUUAAAAGCAACAGUUUACAAUUACAAAGCCUCAAUGGCCAAGUUUUGCCUGAAGAUCAGCGUGCAAAAAGGGAUCUGCCUCUUUGGAGCUGGUGUCACCCAAAAGGAUGGUUCACAGGAGAUCACCUGCUCUCGGCUGAAGAAUAUCCAGAGCUCUUCUAUCGUCGUAGAAACAUUUAAGGUUCUUCCUCUUGAGUUAGGCCUCCUCAGUGUCAACUUCACGCUUCGGAGCGAUGCGGGCAAUGAAGUUCUCGUGAAGACAUUAAGAGUCGUGCCCGAAGGUAUUCGAAAGGAAAUUCAUGAAGGUCACAUGCUGGAUCCACAAGGUGUUUAUGGCACAGUUGUGAGGCAGCAAGAAUUUUAUCACAGGAUACCACGCUACAUCGUCCCCAAGACAAGACUCGAAAAGAUUCUCAGUGUAAAAGGAAACCUUCUGGGUGAAGUGAUCCAUGCUGCUGUUAAGCCAGGUGUGCUGAAGCUACUGGCUGACCUCCCUCAAGGGAGCGCAGAAGCAGAACUGAUGAACAUCGUCCCUGUGUUUUACGUGUAUGAUUACCUGGAAAGAACAAAGUCCUGGGACAUCUUUGGCGAGACCGGUGUAAAUCAACAAAUUACCAUGUCAAGGAAGAUGAAAGUAGGAAUCAUCAGCAUCCUGUCUUUUCAAAAGCAAGAUUUCUCUUACAGCAUGUGGAAGGAUGGGGAAGCUGGCACCUGGAUUACAGCAUUUAUCCUAAGGGUUUUUGGACAAGUUCAGCAAUAUGCGCCUGUUCAAUUUGCUUCGGUGUGUGAGUCUCUGAAAUGGAUGGUUGACAUCUGUCAAAUGGAUGAUGGAUCUUUCAGGGAAAUCUCAGAUUACAAGCCAGUAAUGCUACAGGGUACAUUACGUAAUGUGCAGAAAGAAAACAGUCUGUAUCUCACAGCCUUCUCCUUGAUUGCCUUCGAAAAAAAUAGGAACCUGUGCCCCUUCCAGAACAUUGAAGAUGCUAAAAACAGGGCUGCCAAUUAUUUGUUGGAAAAUGUCGAAUCCUCACAAAACACCUUUGUCUUGGCCAUAGUGACCUAUGCUCUAAAGCUAGCAAAGGUCAACCAGCCUGCCGUUCUUGCAGCCUACACUCGGUUGAAGAAAGAAGCUCUGGUGAAAGAGAGCCCCCAACCUUAUCGCUUCUGGAAAGAGGCUCCCAUCAAAAUAGAUGCAAGCAUUCCCUCCGAGAGUAACGCCAAGAUGGUUGAAACCACCGCCUAUGCCUUGCUUUCUAUUUUGCUGCAAGGAGAUCAAAAUUAUGCCAAUCCAGUCAUUAGAUGGUUGACAGAAGAGCAGCGAUUUGGGGGUGGAUUUUAUUCUACACAGGAUACGAUCAGCGCUUUGGAAGGCCUGACAGAAUAUUCCGUCCUCAUUAAACGGCUUUCUCUGGACAUGAACAUCAAAGCAGCUUACAAGAUCCACGGGGAUUUUCAUCAGUACAGGCUCACAAGAAGCAAUUACAUUGGCAGGGCUGUGGAAGCUCCCUUGAAUGAAGAUAUAGAAGUACGCACAGGGAGUGACACUGGCUUAGCAGUUGUGAAUCUGAGGAGCGUAUAUUAUAAGAGCAGUGUUUCUGAGGACACUUGUGACUAUCAGCUGAAGAUUGAUGUCACACAAGAUGAAAGGAAGUACUACCUGUCCUCCAACCAAGUCCGACUGUUGGUCGCCUGUGCAAAGUACAAACCUCGUAGGAAAAUACCGCAAUCUUCCUCUUCCCAUGCAGUGAUAGAUAUCUCUCUUCCCAAUGGACUGGAAGCAAAUACAGAGGAUUUGUCUAUUCUUGCAAAUGAUGUUGACCCGCUGAUUCCAGAAUAUGAGAUAACACCAGAGGGACAUGUAUUAAUGCAGGUAGAUUCGAUUCCAGGAAAUGAUUUCCUGUGUGUUGGCUUCCGAAUAACUGAAAUUUACCAAGUUGGAAUGCCAAGUCCAGGAACCUUCUCCGUGUAUGACUAUCACAGCCCUGAUAAACGGUGCACUAUCUUUUAUAAUGCUUAUGGAGAAGCGUCACUUGUUAAGCUAUGUGAAGACAAUGAAUGCAAAUGUAUGGAAGUGGAAUGUGGACAUAUGCAGCCCAGGCUGGACAAGUCCAUAACUUUUGAUACCCGAAAAGAGGCAGCUUGCCAGGAGAACAUUGCGUACGUGUACAAAGUGAUUAUCAAAUCAUCCAAGGAAGAAGGAAGCUUUGUUAAAUACAAUGCGAUCCUUCUGGAACCCUAUAAACUAGGGCUGGCUUUUGCUGAGAAGAAUGCAGAAAUCAUCUUUAUUAAAAAGAGGUCCUGCAUGGAUAUUCAGUUAAAUCUGGAGGAGAAUUACCUGAUCAUGGGAAAAGAGGCCUUGAAGACAGGAGAGGGCGCCAGUGCCAAAUACCAGUAUCCUUUGGAUGACAUGACGUGGAUUGAGUGGUGGCCUUCCUCAGACGCAACGUGUGACUUUUGCCAAGCCUUUAGAGAAUCCUUGGAAGAAUUUGGUGACGAUCUCUUUAUCAAUGGUUGUUAAACUGUUGAAACGUCCUGCGAAAGGUCUUAGGCUUCCUGAAACUGGCAUUUUUGACAAUUUGUUAUGGACUUCCAUGGUAAACUUAGACACAUAAGGAUGUGAUCUUGCUUAGUCUGCCCUUAACCUCCCCUUCUGCAUUGGUGGGUAGGGAACAUAUACCUCAAAGGUAUAUGUUUUAUUUUAUUUCUUUCAUUCCCAAACCCUCUUUUCUUUCCCGCUUUCAUUCUGAGUCUGGGGGACUUAAAAGAGAUGAAAUAGGUGUGGGAGGUAAGGCAGAGAUGAGAAGGCAGGAAGAAUGGGUAUGCCUCAAAAAAUUGGGAUGUAGUAUAUUGUGUAUAUCAUAUUAGCACUGUAUUGACCAAGUGGAGAUUUGUAAGAUGAGUAACCAACCCUAACCCCAUCUUUUUUUGUCAGCCGUAUCAAAUAAAAGUUAAGAUAUUUCAUGA